AGUGUUUGUCAGGUUCAACUCCAGCCAUGGUUUCCCAGUGGAGGUCGAUUCUGACACCAGCAUCUUCCAGCUCAAGGAGGUGGUUGCUAAGCGACAGGGGGUUCCAGCUGACCAGUUGCGUGUGAUUUUCGCAGGGAAGGAGCUUAGGAAUGACUUGACAGUGCAGCGCUGUGACCUGGAUCAGCAGAGCAUCGUUCACGUGGUGCUGCGACCCCAGAGAAAUGGCCAAGAAAGGGGCGUGGCUGCAGGGCAUCGCCCGGGGCGCGCGGGGCGGGAGCCCGCGAGCCUGACCCGCGUGGACCUCAGCGGCUCCGUCCUCCCCGGGGACGCCGUGGGCCUGGCGGUUAUUCUGCAGGAUGACAGCGCCGACGGUGCCGCGCCAGCUGGGAGGCCCGCAGAUAGACCAACCAACAAGAGCUUUUAUGUCUAUUGCAAAGGCCCCUGUCAAAGAGUGCAGCCAGGAAAGCUCCGCGUGCGGUGCAGCACCUGCCAACAGGCAACCCUCACCUUGACUCAGGGUCCUUCUUGCUGGGACGAUGUCUUGAUCCCAAACCGGAUGAGUGGUGAGUGCCAGUCUCCAAACUGCCCUGGGACCACAGCAGAAUUUUUCUUUAAAUGUGGAGCACACCCGACCUCUGACAAGGAAACAUCGGUAGCUUUGAACCUGAUCACAACAAAUAGCCGAGACAUCACCUGCAUCACCUGUACGGACAUCAGGAGCCCCAUCCUGGUUUUCCAGUGCAACUGCCGCCACGUGAUUUGCCUGGACUGUUUCCACCUGUACUGUGUGACGAGGCUCAAUGACCGGCAGUUCGUCCAUGACCCGCAGCUUGGCUACUCUCUGCCUUGUGUGGCCGGCUGCCCCAACUCCUUGAUUAAAGAGCUCCAUCACUUCAGGAUCCUUGGAGAGGAGCAGUACAACCGGUACCAGCAAUAUGGUGCCGAGGAGUGCGUGCUACAGAUGGGGGGCGUGCUGUGCCCCCGCCCCGGCUGCGGAGCGGGGCUGCUUCCAGAGCCAGGUCAGAGGAAAGUCACCUGUGAAGGGGGCAACAGCCUGGGCUGCGGGCUCGUCUUCUGCCGGGACUGUAAGGAGUCGUACCACGAAGGCGAAUGCAGCGCCCUGUUUGAGGCCUCAGCAGCGGUGGCUCAGGCCUACAGGGUUGACCAGAAGGCAGCAGAGCAGGCUCGGUGGGAGGAGGCAUCCAAAGAGACCAUCAGGAAAACCACCAAGCCCUGUCCUCGGUGCCAUGUGCCGGUUGAAAAAAACGGUGGCUGUAUGCACAUGAAGUGCCCGCAGCCCCAGUGCCAGCUGGAGUGGUGCUGGAACUGCGGCUGGGAGUGGAACCGCGACUGCAUGGGGGACCACUGGUUCGACGUGUAGCUGGAGCAGUGGCCACGCAGGUGCAGUCUGCCCCCAUCCUGCGUGGAAGCGUGCGGUGUCCUGCUGUCCUCGGCUCCUUUUCCUCCCUCUAAACACACCCACACGCACAUGCACACGCACUUCAAGUUCUUUCCAAAAAUCGCAAAAACGAAGUUCCAGGAGAAGCUCCUGGGAUCCCUUUCAUUGUGCCCGAGAAACAGCAGAGCUAAUGGUGAGACCAGCAGGGUGUAUUCUCAGGCCUCUGCAACACACAAAUGCCAGGGCACAGGUGACCGUGCAGUUCCCUUUUGUACGGGUUGUCACUCUUUUGUGAAUUCAAGUCAGGCUGGAUUAGUACAUAGAGAGAGGUUUCUCAGGUUCAGUACCUGCCUUUUACCUUCAGCCAAUAGUGGCAAGAAGCCACUGGUGAGGUGGGAAGUAGUUUCCAGGGACUCUUGUCAGUGGUUCUGCGGUGGAUUCUGAGAACUAUGCUCAUGGCUUAGAGAGCAAUGCUUUUAUUUAAAUAUUCAGAGAGCAUCUCUUCCCAAAGAACCACAGGCAGUAAUCAAAACUGUAUGCGUUUACCCCCCAAGAAUUCUAUCUUUAUUUGCUUUAAUGAACAAUCAGCUCAGCAUAAAUCAGCUUGUCACCUGAGAAAUUAUCAACGUUGAUUUGAACAUUGUUCACAUUUAUAGUGAAGAAAUCAGAACUUCAUGUACUUUCAUUCCGCUUAAUUAUAUGCAACUUUAGAAGGAAACUGUUUCCCUGGAAAUCUUACAAAAAUCUAGAAAUUGAUUGUAAACAUUCAUUUUGAGCUUGGAGAAUAAGCUUGUCCAUCUGGCUUCCCUGUACAUGUAAUGAAUAAGGUGCCUCUAAAGGAGACACAUGUAGAAAUGAUUUCAUAAUGAUUCUCAGUGUUAACAAAUAUGUAGGUUAUUACAGCAGAGCCUUUAAAGAAGGAACGUUUCUAGAACCAUCCAAAUGAAACUGUGCCUGUCAGAGGGUUCAUGCUCCUUCUGCCCACCUGGACUGUGUUAAUUACACUUGUUAAAAAAAUACCAAAAUGUGUGCGUUCCUGUCGCGGCUCAGUGGUUAACGAAUCCAACUAGGACCCAUGAGGUUGCCGGUUGGAUCCCUGGCCUUGCUCAGUGGCUUAAGGAUCCGGUGUUGGUUGCCGUGAGCUGUGGUGUAGAUCGCAGACGUGGCUCAGAUCUGGCAUUGCUGUGGCUGUGGUAUAGACUGGCAGAUGUAGCUCCCACUUGACCCCUAGCCCAGGAGCCUCCAUAUGCCCAGGGUGCGGCCCUAAG